AUGCGGCACUCAAGGCCGCGCGGCGUCGUCUUCACCCCGGCGAUGCCGCACUUGGAGAGUUUCCUCAGCCGCCACGUCCUUCCAGAACAUCCGCUUCGCAACCACCCGAUGUGGCUGAGCGAGCACGACCUCUCAAGACUUCCAAACUGGAAGUUUGACCUCAACGGUGUGCAGCACGUAGGCAAGGCGGGGGAGGCGCAGAAUGCGCCCAUGCUGCUCGCGCAGGUACCGGUAAGUAUUUUUCUAUUUAACAUGGAUCAGCUUCUGCCGGAGAGUGAGGUGCACUGGCAGCUGCCACUUGCCACCGCCCCAGCCUCCGUACUCACGAUGCAGGCGUAUGGAGCCCAAACACAGAGACAGUUGGAGCGCUGCCGCAGGAUAGCCGGCUUUGAGUCGAACUGGUGGGGCACGCGCCGGCAGUGGCAGGAGAAACAAGGCCUGAUUCGCCCCGGUGCGUAUCCGGCGGCGGUGCUUGGCUACGUCAUGACUCGACUUCUGCACAUCUCUAUGAUUUCAGACGCGGCGGAGCUGCUGAAGCGCUCGUUUGUCUCAGGGAAGACGGGGAACUUGCAGUGCGCGCGCGACGCAAGGGACUGGAGCCCGGAGGGUGUGAAGUUUAUGGGCCUCGUCUCGGACCACUGCGGGAAGCAUGGCUUUCAGUCCCCACUGUACUUCUCGGGCGGGGCGCUGCUGGCGGCCGGGAUAGCCGUCCGCCCUGACGCCGACCCGCUCGACGUCUCGUCGCUUGAAGAAUACACACCCAGCGAGGCCAGGGCCGCGGGGGCGGCUUCAGUCGACGCCAAGGCGUACAAGCAGUACUACCACCUCUCACAGGUGAUACUGCCGGAGGGCUACAGAAUCCCGGAAAAUGUGCUCGAGGCGGAGCGGGUGAGCCCGGGCGCGCCGGUUGACGGCAUGACGGGCAGGCUGCUGAGCUUCCCGGAGCUGCAGUCCGAGGCGAUACUGAACUCCCCGUCGCCGGAGCUGGCCUCCUUCCUCGUCCGCGACGAGGAGACGGAGCUGGCGUGCUCCUUCUUGGACUUGGAGUCUCCGCACACCGUUCACGGCCGAAGUUUGUGGUACUCACCCCACGAACUGCUGGAGGCGGGGGGUCUAGUGGACGUCAACGCCGUGCCGGUGGAGGUGCGCGUCGCAGCGGGGUCGAAGCGCAGGGCGCGGCUGCUCUACAACGUGGAGCAGCUCCUGCUGCCCGUGGAGGGCUACAAGGCGGUGGGCCGCAUCGCGUGCAUGCGACAGUUCGCUGGGACAGACCCGCCGCCCUCUGCAGACGAAAAUGCAGACGCCGUCGCAGGUGCCGGGAAUCGUACCUACUCCUCCUGA